ACUGAAUACAAAAUAAAACUUGAGAAUUGUGGAAGCACAAGUUGUAUUAAUAAAUUGACUGAUAUUUAUGCAAUAAAAGUGCCUGGAAUCGAUGCGUUUUCUGUGCCAUGUGAUUCGCGUUUGGCUGGCUCUGGAUGGACUGUGAUUCAAAGACGUAUGGAUGGAUCUGUUGAUUUUAAUCGCAAUUGGACAGAUUAUCGCCAAGGAUUUGGUGAUCUGCGUGGAGAAUUUUUCAUUGGACUCGAUAAACUGCAUCUAAUAACUAAAUCGCAAACGCACGAGUUAUACAUUUACCUUAAAGACUUUGACGAUGAGGAGCGAUAUGCCCGAUAUGAUAAUUUUUAUAUAGGAGAUGAGGACGAGUUUUAUAAAAUUAAAUCCAUUGGCAGUUACUCUGGUGAUGCUGGCAAUGCCUUGGAACAUCAUAAGAACUCGAAAUUUUCGACUUCAGAUCGGGAUAAUGAUGGCGCUAAAGGACAUUGUGGACAAACCUACAAAUCCGGUUGGUGGUUUGAAAGUUGUUAUAUGUGUAAUUUAAAUGGAAUAUAUAAAGAUGAACUUGAUGCUAUUGUCGAAUGGAGAACAUGGCACACAAAAAGUCUCAAAUUUGUUCAAAUGAUGAUUAGACCGAUAUCGAAAUAAGAAAAUUUUAACAUACAACAAAAUUUAACCACAAUUCUGACUAAGCAAUACAAAAAUAUACAACAAAUAAUAUUUAGAAAUUUGAGAUAUUCUUUCAGAAAAAUACACAACACGGGUUAUUAACAGAGUGAAAAAUGUUUGUCCACUAAAAUAUACGGAAUAUGUUAGUAAUUGUUGUAUACAUAAAAUACACAUAAAAAUCAAUAAAAAUUAUGAACAUCUAUGUCCAAUUUUUGGAACUAUGGUCUUUGUUCUUUAAAUAUAUUAAGCAAUAAUACUUGAGGCCAAUCUCUAAAAUAAUGGUUUUGUAUAUACGAUUGUUGUCAACAAGAGGAGCUUUCAUACAUCUUUUGGAAUGUACAGCACAAAAAGCACUG